AUGUCCUCUGGAUUUCUGUCCUCUCCAGAAUCUCUGACCACCGUAUUCAACGUGAUCACGUGGAUAGACUUGCCGAUGCACGUCCUAGGGAUCUACUGCAUACUCGCGAAAACGCCGGACAAAAUGAAGAAUGUGAAAGUGAGCAUGCUCACUUUGCACAUUCUCAGCAGUUUAAUGGUGUUCUCGAUGACUUUCCUGCUCAUUCCCUACGUUCUAUUCCCCUAUUUCGCCGGGAAACCACUUGGAUUUCUGGCCAAAAUAGGUGUGCCCAUUGCCGUACAAGUGUAUCUCGGAGUGACUAUGAUUGCGUGUAAGUGCUUUUGAUCACUGUGACAACAUAACAGUCUGUGCAGUAACCGCUGUCGGGAUAUUGUCAGUUUUCGAGAACCGAUACUUUCGAUUGUUCAAUCAUUCCAACUGGAAAUCUUUGCGCAAGUACUAUCUGACCGCCAAUUACACUCUGGCUCUCACGUUCUUCGUCUACCCAUUCACGACCAUUCCGGAUCAGGAGUACGGCAGAAACGAGAUUUUUAAGGUACGCUCUUGUUCGCCGCACGUGGACCGCCUAAUCAUUUUCAGAGUGUUCCUCGCCCUGUACUCGAAGGAAUCGACCCGAAAACAAUCUUCGUGUUUUCUCUGAACCCCGUACCUUCCGUUGCGCUCAUAUUCUUUGCGGUCGUCCUAUACGUGUCCCAAAUUAUUGUACUCUUUGUCAUUAUUCUCCACAACUUAAUCACAAAGUACCGACACUCAUCACAAAAGACAUACGAAAUACAGAAAAAGUUCAUGAUCGCUCUCUUCGUUCAGUUCAUCGUAACACUUCUCAUUUUCGCGACGCCCAUCUUUUUUGUUGUCUAUUCGAUCGUUUGGAGUGUUUACAAUCAGAGUGAGUUCUAGUAGGAAACCAAUGAGAAUUGCAUUUUUGUUUCUCUAGGCCUCAACAAUAUCUGCUUCGUUAUAUUGUCCCUGUACGGUCUCAUCUCCACACUGACUAUGAUCUACUUGCAACAGCCCUAUCGAGAGUGGAUUCUUGGCGUGUUCACGAAGAGCACAAGGAAGUUGGCUCUCAGUUAUUCUUCCGAAAUUCAUGUUUAUACUGCCAGGCAUGAACAAAACUGAAGUUGUCUGAACAUAUCAUAUUAAUGAACGUGCUUUUUGGUUUUGUUUUCAAUUAAAGGUUUUUUAUACAAACAGAGAAAACAAGUGUAAUGAACACGGGGGCCUCGACAAAAACACGCAUCUUUUCGCAUUUCGCUGAAGCAAUGGCACCGAGCUGGUCUUCUUAAUCAUUAGAAUUCAUUGCACUUCCAGACACCGUCUUCCAAGUAUUGUAGUGGGUCCAAUCGAGUCAAAACUGAAUGAAUAUGACAAAAGGAAGAAAUUCAGACAAUCGGAACAACCUAGCAACUUGCUACAGUCGCGGUAAAGUCAGAAAUGUCUGACACUGUCAGGUUUUGAGGCACGGCGGCCGGUCUUACGUACUUUAUAUUGUCAUUACCCAUUCCCCUAACUAGUUGUGUAUAUCUUCAAAUAAUAUAUAAGCUAAUUGACCAACCACAGUUGUGUUCCUUGCAUUUUUGUUCCAAACAUACCCAUCUAUGCACUUCCAGAAAGCGCAAAAGUGUGUCCUCGUCUCGCCUUCCAAGUCUCUUCUUGCCCAACUCCUGAUUCACAUUCUGACUUUCUCUUCCCCCCCCUUUUUCUUUCAGUUAGCAUCCGACGGAAUCUGACGUACAUAGUUGGAGAGCCCUCUGUCCACUCAUUUCAUUUUGCUACCCGCUCAUUUAAAUGAUGGCAAAACGUUUCGGCGAACAGAAAAACUGUGUGAUAUGCUUCCGACCGGCGAUUUGCCACAAUUUUGGAGUGAGUUGAUUGAAUAACUGGUUGGAAAUCGCUACGAAACCCUUUUUUAGGUAAUGUCAUGUGACGCAUGUAAAAUGUUCUUCCGACGCUCGAUGCUAUUGGGUGUCAAGUACGUCUGUAAACGCAACAAUCAGUGCUUUGAACGUUAGUUUCAGGGGAUUUCAGAUUAGAAUUAUCUUUUCAUUUUCAGACAACUUCUCGUGCCUUCGACCGCCCUACUGCCGUGCCUGCCGUCUGGAGCAAUGUCUAAAAGUCGGCAUGAAGCUGAAUCUCUCGAACAUUCUUGAGAUCAGAAACGAGAAAGACGACGCGAUCGUCGCCCUGAUCGGCAAUCUUCUGCACCUGGACAACAAACGGGAACGCGAUCUGAUCACCACGUUCACCUACGACAAUCCGUCGCUGGAGGACGUCGUCGAGAAUCGCAAACUGACUAUUCGGAGCAGGGUUUGUGUAGAGCAAAGUCGGCAGUCUACCACAAUUCAAAGUCAGACAGGCCACAAAGGAAUGCUAUUUCAGGACCCGAGCUACAAGAUGACAAGCGAGGACUGGUGCUUUUUCGGAGCCUACACGGCCGUCAAAUUUCUGUUGAGUCUCGGUUUCAUGAAAAAGAUGGAUUCCCAGGAUAAAGUCGGUUAUUUUGGUAUACAUUUCAACAGCAUGUUCAUAACCCCAUUUUCAGCUCAUAUUGCUCGAAAACUUUGUCGCCAAGGCCACUCUGCUGUUCAGCGCGUUACGCACAAUGCGGGCGAAGAAUGACAAGAUGAUAAAGCCGGACGGAAAUGAUUUCUUUCACGAGUUCUUCUCCAGGUUAGGCUUUUCUGCUAGAAGUCACCCUACACUCAUUUUCCGUUCAGAUGGUCUCAUUUCUCUCUUCAUUUCACGAACCGCGUCAGAAGUCUUCUGGUCAACCGACUCAUCGAACUGCACAUAACCAACGAGGAGUUCAUUCUGAUCACUGUCGUCUUCUUCUGCAAUCCGGCACUGGAGAACUUGUCCGAAUACGCGAAGAACAUUUUGGGCGCGAAUCAGAAGGACUACAGUUCUGCACUAAUGCAGUAUUGCAUGCUCACCUACCAGCAGAACGGACCCUCUCGUUUCACGGAUCUUGUCGCUCUGUGCACGGUCACCAAUAAGUACUUUGAAGAUGUCAAGUAUCUUUAUUGGCUUUUCGAAUUUCAGUUUAAUGUAAAGUACAAAAAGUUGGUGUCGGGUGUCAUUUAA